AUGCGCGUCCUUUACCUCCCAUCGAGGAGCCAAGAUAUGGCCAUCUUAACGACACACCGGAAUCGCAGCGGCAUCGUCCGCUUCCCAAGCGAUAUUCCAAGCAAAAGCACUGGAACAAAAUGCAAUUCCCGCGACCGAUGAGUAAAGAUGAAUUCCACGAUACCGUCAGAGGCGGCGGAGACGGAGAUGGCGAUGACGCUCCACAUCUCGCGCCCAGCAGAAGGAUGGGGCAGCGACUGUCCGCAUGGCACGCACCCAGCUUCGCCGAAAGUCUGGACACGCUCUUGCAUUCACGUUGUAACCGGCAAAUAUUGUUCUUCGCGCUCGGCUUCCUCUGUCCCUUGAGCUGGAUGAUUGCGUCCUUCCUCGCGUUGCCAAAAAGGCCAAUGACGGAAGAGGAGUUUGAGCGGACGAGUCGCAUGCUCAGCGCGGAGGAUGUGACGGUGGCCGUGAUGAAGCAUGAAGCGGGAGAUGCGGAGCAGAGGUGGAGGGAGGAGCGGACGUGGUUGAAGGCGAGGUGGUGGAGAUAUCUCAAUCGCAUCAUGAGCGUGAUUGGGGUCCUCUUCAUCGCUGCUGUAAUUGCUCUGGUCGUUGUCGCCACCCACGCAUGAUUGCCGUUAUCGGCGUGAUAGGGUCACUUGUGAUGGAGUC